AUGCCCGAUAUCACGUUCUACGAUAUUGCGAUGCGGCCUCCUGAGGAGGAGAAUAGCUGCUCUCCGAACCCGUGGAAGGCUAGGUAUGCGCUAAACUACAAGACAGCCGAGUACAAGACAGUCUGGGUUCAGCUGCCCGACAUUGCGGCCGUUCGAAAAGAGCUCGCCGUGCCAGCCGUUCGGAAGUUUGCAGACGGUUCAGAUUACUAUACGCUACCAGUUGCGAUCGACCACAAGUUCAAUGCCAAGGUCGGGGACUCGUUUGAAAUUGCCGCUCACUUGGAACAGCACUACGCACCGGACAAGAAGCUGUUCCCUGAAGCCAAGCUAGACUUUGAGUGGCACAAAGACGAAGGGUUCGUGGUCCCACUCUCUGAUCCCCGAGGCACCGAGUACACUAACUUUGAGACAUUCAAUCGGAAAGUCGACGCAGCGUUCAGCACCCAUGCAGGUCUUAUGGCAGACGAUCUUCCGUUCAACCCCAAGUUCAUCGACGAAAUCAGAGCCGAAUUCGCACGGCGAGCCCACGUGGAUUCCUGGGACGUGUUUGUGAUCAAGGGCGAGGCCCGCAAACAGCUGCUCGACAGCCUCGAGUCAAUGCUCAAGCAGCUGGCCACGCUUUUCCGCCCCGACCCAACCGCUCCCUUCGUCCUCGGCGCCCUGCCCUGCUACGCAGACUUUAUCGUUGGCGGGUGGCUCAAAAUGAUGCAUAGAACACUACCCGAAUGGCCCCAAAUCCGCCAAUGGCACAACGGCCUCUACGGUAUUCUAUACGACGCCCUAGAACCUUAUGCUGUAGUUAAUUAG